AUGAAGCCUUCUGUCAUCUCCCUCUGUCUCGCAGCGGCGGCAAACGCCCUGCUUGAGACCCGCCACCCCCGCGACCUCGGCGGCGGCCAGGCAAAGAACACCCUCUCCCGACGCACCAACAACACGCACAGCGGAUUGACCUGCUCAGCGCCCAAGACUGAGCGCACCCAGGCAGCCAAGGCCAACCCCUUCCAGGCGCUGAGCCAGGAUGAGAUCGACAGCGUGCUGCACUGGGUGUCGAACCCGGCCCUUGGCUUGAACCUCACCAGCCACACGGCCGAGGACCUCUCGCAGACGGACAACUAUGUCUGGCACCUCGAGGUUCUCAAGCCCAACAAGACUGAUGUGCUGGCCUACCUCGACGGAGGCGCCGCAACUGUGCCCCGCUACGCUCGGGUUGUCAUCAACGAGGGCGGAAGGGAUGUGCCGCGUGUCGCCGAGUACUAUGUCGGACCUCUCCCGGUCGACAACACAACCACCAAGAUCCAACCCCUGGACUUCAUGUACAACGGCGUCAACGGUGCUAGCAUCCUCUUCAACGGACGUUACGUCGACACUCCCCGCAGAAAUGGCGUCGAUCCGUUUGUGGCCAAGUUCAUGUCCGAGAUUGCCGACAUCACCAACGACCUCGUCGACUUUGCCUACUACGGCGAGGACGACAACCGCACCACCGCCGAGACCUUCUACGACAACCCAACGUCGACAGACGGAACGACUGGAAUCGCGUGGAUGCCCUUCUACCGCAAGGGUCUCGCCCCUUACGGCAAGCCUUCCAACCUGUACGUGAGCAUCGACAUCAGCGGCACGGACCCGAGCCUGUACAAGUUGCGCAUGAUCGUGUACGACCUGGUCAUCUACAAGUCGGUCGAGGAGUUCCGCGAGGCCUGGACGGCCGGCAAGAUCAACAAGACGCCCGCCCCGCCUGCCGACGAUAGCUUCCUGCGCAAGGACCGUGUGGGCGACAAGCUGCGCAAGCUAGAGGACCGCAUGGCGCCCACCAUGGUCGAGCUCGAGGGCAAGCGCUACGCCGUCGAUACCGAGAACCGCUACGUUGAAUACCUUGGCUGGAGCUUCUACACGCGCUUCGACCGAGACGUCGGUGUUCAGUUCUACGACAUCAAGUUCAAGGGCGAGCGCAUCAUGUACGAGCUCUCGCUCCAGGAUGCCAUCGCCCAGUACGCCGGCAACAACCCCUACCAGGCCGGCACGGCUUACAUGGACCGCUUCUACGGCAUCGGCGCUCAGGUCGGCCGCCUGAUCCCCGGCUAUGACUGCCCCUACCACGCAACGUACUGGGACAGCGACUUCACCUCUGGCACCGCCGCCACCAGGACCAACAACUCUGUCUGCAUCUUCGAGACCGACAUCGGCACCCCCAUCACGCGCCACACCGAGCCGGGCUACUACAUGCAGUCGACCAAGGGCUCCAAGCUGGUCGUCCGCCAGAUCGCCACCGUCGGCAACUACGACUACCUCUUCGACUACACCUUCUGGGUCGACGGCACCAUCGGAGUCGACGCCCACGCAUCGGGCUACGUCCAGGCCAACUACUACCGUCCCGAGGACGAGGGCAAGUGGGGACCGCGCGUCCACGACACCAUCACCGGCACGCUGCACACGCACGUCAUGAACUUCAAGGCCGACUUUGACCUGGGCGGCACCGCCAACACGCUGGUGCGCACCGACAUCGUCGUCGAGAACAUCACCCAGCCUUGGUUCCCCGAGCGCGGCGAGUUCGAGAUGAUGCGCUACAACAUCUCGGACGUCGCGUCCGAGAAGGAUGCCCUGCUGCCGCUGCCGGCAAACGGCCAGUCCAUGUACACCGUCGUCAACAAGGAAAAGAAGAACAAGUGGGGCGAGGACCGCGGCUACCGCAUCGUUCCCGGCGUGAGCAACAUCCACCUGGCAUCGCAGCGGUCGCCGUGGUUCCUCAAGUCGGCACAGUUCGCCAAGCAGUUCCUGGCCGUGUCGCGCCAAAAGGACACGGAGCCCGACUCGUCGGCCGCCCUGAACCAGAACGUGCCCGAGGCUCCCCUGGUCGAGUUCUGGCGCUUCUUCGAGGACGACGAGAGCCUGGUGCAGGAGGACCUGGUCGCGUGGGUCAACCUGGGCAUGCACCACUACACUCGCGCCGAGGACAUGCCCAACACGCUCAUGUCCGAGGCCCAUUCGAGCAUCAUGUUUGCGCCGCAGAACUGGGGCGACGCCGAGCUGACCACGGACCUGGCCAACGCCAUUAUAUACAACGGAGAAGAGGGUGUCGACCGCGUCGUUCCCGAGACCAACGGCGUUUCUGUGCCCGACUGCUUUUUCCUGUCGGCCCAAGAUGAACUGCUUGGCGUGUUUGAGAGCAUAUCACCUGGCGUCGCAAUGGCAGCCGAUCCGGAGAACUUCUACCCCGCCCUCAAGCGGACCACCACCCCCACGGCUUCCGGCUCCGAUGUCGUGGCGUACACAUCGGAUGCUGGACCUGACCGUCCCAUCCUGACACUCAUCCACGGGUACCCUCAGUCAUCUUUGAUUUGGCGCCAUAUCGUUCCGGACCUCAUCGACAAAGUCUCGCUCUUCAUCCCUGAACUACCAGGUUACGGGAUCAGCACCCCGGCGAGCAGUCACACCAAGCUCGACGUGGGGCGCGCGCUGCUCGAAUCCCUCCGCGCGGCGUUCGCCAUCGACAAGACCAGCAGCCGUCGCCUGAUCGUCGGCGGGCACGACCGCGGCGCGCGCAUCGCGCACCGCCUCGCCGUAUCCAAAGACGCCCUGUUCCCCGCCGACGGGGGCCUGGACCUGGUGGGCGCCGUGCUGCUCGACAUCGUCCCGACCAAGGUGCAGUGGGAGGCGUUUGCCGACCCGGCCGUCUCGCGGGGCUACUUCCACUGGCCGCUGCUCGCCAACGUCGCCCUCGCCGUGCCCAUCCUGCAGGCAUACGGCGGUGCGCGGUGGUGCAGGGGCUCGCACGCGCUGAUCGCGGGGUCCAACGAGGUCGGGCGGGCGAGGAUCGCCGCCGACGGGGCCAUCGACGUGCAUGCGGGGUUUUUCGAGAGCGAGGAGGUGCUGCGUGCGACUUGUGAGGAUUACGCAGCCGGGUCGAAUGAGGAUGUCGUCGAGCAGGUAGAGGACCAAAAGGCGGGCCGGAAGAUUACCGUGCCGACGUUGGUCAUGUUCUCAGCGGAGAAGCUGGGCGCAAGGCUGGAUGUAGCUGGGAUUUGGAGAGAUUGGAUCGCCGAAGGGGUGGAUUAUACACCCGUGGCUGUCGGCGACGGGUAUGGUCAUUAUCUGCCUGAGGAGGCCAGUGAUGUUGUGACGCAGAAGAUCAACGCGUUCUUGGAGAAAUUUUGA